AAGUUCGCAUCUCAGAGGUCUUCGUCUAUUUUGUAGAGAAACUAGAGAGAGCAAGCUCUCAGCAAAAAUCAAAAGAACCCAAAACGAGAGAGAAGCUAACUCUUCUCAGUUGUUAAAAGAUGUCUCGGAGAUAUGAUAGCCGUACUACAAUCUUCUCCCCUGAAGGUCGUCUCUACCAAGUUGAGUAUGCUAUGGAGGCCAUUGGAAACGCUGGUUCUGCAAUUGGAAUCUUAUCCAAAGACGGAGUUGUGUUGAUUGGUGAGAAGAAAGUCACCUCAAAACUUCUUCAAACCUCAACCUCUGCUGAAAAAAUGUACAAGAUUGAUGACCAUGUUGCCUGUGCCGUGGCUGGUAUAAUGUCUGAUGCCAACAUUCUCAUCAACACGGCUCGCGUCCAAGCUCAACGCUACACCUUCAUGUACCAAGAGCCCAUGCCUGUUGAGCAGCUGGUUCAGUCUCUCUGUGACACGAAGCAGGGCUACACACAAUUCGGUGGUCUUCGUCCGUUUGGAGUCUCUUUUCUUUUUGCAGGAUGGGACAAGAACUUUGGGUUCCAACUAUAUAUGAGUGACCCGAGUGGCAACUAUGGUGGUUGGAAAGCUGCAGCCGUUGGAGCAAACAAUCAGGCUGCUCAGUCUAUUCUGAAACAGGACUACAAGGAUGAUGCAACUAGGGAAGAGGCUGUCGAGCUCGCCUUGAAGGUUCUGACCAAGACAAUGGACAGUACGAGCUUAACAUCUGAGAAGCUAGAGCUUGCUGAGGUGUAUCUGACUCCAUCCGGAAACGUCAAGUACCAUGUUCACUCUCCUGAGUCGCUCACCAAGCUGUUGGUCAAACAUGGUGUGACUCAACCCGCUGCUGAAACAUCCUAAGCCCAAAAGUAUCUCUAGACUUAUUCCCUUGGUAUGGUGUCUCGGCUCUUAUGUUUGUAGUACUCUGUUUUACAGCUUUCCUUUUGAGUUUGAACUAUGAUGUUAACUAUGGCGAUGAAAAUUUGACAAUGUUAUGAAUUUAUCUUCAAUGCGUUCAGAGAAGUUUUAUCUU